GAAAUUUGUUUUGAAAAUUUUAACCUAUCAAGCAGGCAGAAAGUCCAAAUUAAUAUUUUACAUUUUGAUCAAAAGUCGCGCUAUUUGAAGCAGUUUAUCAAGAACAUGGACAACACUUUGGAUAAUCAGCUGGUCAACGAAGCCGUUGAUAUGAUGAGCAAUCUGAAAAUUUUGGCGGAGCCUGGUGAACCCAAUGAACUAAGUGUUCAUACAAAGCCCAAUGAUUAUAUAGCGGGGGAUGAAAUAUAUCAGAAUUUGGACGUUAGCAUGCCCGAUGUCACGCAACAGUCCGAUUCGUUCGCUUUAGGUUCCGCCGGGGACAGUGAAAUAAAAGUGAAAGCUGUUAACAGACGCUUGAGCCUGCACACCCUGGCCCAGAUUGUGCUGAUGCUGCAGAAGCGUUUGAACCACACCAAAUCGAUGGCCGAGUAUGUUGAUGUCACCGACGAUGUUGCCUAUUGGCGUGCUUUGGCCAUGUCGCGCGGCCAGGAGAUUGAACGCUUUCUAAAUGUUAUUGAGCUGCAGAAGAAGCGCAUUGAUACCUUGGAACGUGAUCUGGGCACACUGGUAAAUCUGGCGCAGGAAACACAAAAGAUGCUGGCCGACAUCAGUCCCGAGAAGCCCAGCAGCGAUAAGCCAAGAAAUUAGUCAACCAAUUUGCCUAAGCAUAUAUCGCAAACCUUCAGUAUUGAGCGUUAUUUAGGAAGACUUGUGAAGUCUAGCAUUUUUAAUAAUUUGUUUCUUACUGUUAGAAUUUUGAGCGUGCAGUAAUAGAACGAUGCAAAUAA